CCGAUCUGCUCUCGAUCCCUUUACCACUCUGUUACUUCACGAGCUAGACCAGAAAGUUCAUCCGGCUACUAAUCUUAGCACCAAUUACUUCGGUGCGGAUCCAGAUAUGACGUCCCAGCGAUGCAUCAUCAAGCAUGCGAAGAAGCGCAGAUCCAACAUCCCCCGCCGGAAAAGGGUUCCCGCCUUUCCAAUCAUCAGUGUUCCUUUGAGUGGCUACUUUCUUUCCGAGGAGGCGGAAUCCUCCUCAUCAUGCAUCAACAGCGAGAUUUCCAACGACAUAAGUGUCGAAUUCAAGGGACAUCCGAAGAGACCAAGAUCAUUCCGCAAAAUUCGACUGAAUAAAUCGAUCGGAAGCUUCCAAGGGGAUUCUUCAAGUGAUCAAUUCGGACAUAUCGCCAGAUUUUACACGAGGCGUAAGAAUGAAACGCAAUCGCCGGGAUUCGCGGGAAGCUUUGGUCGAGUUGUGGCUCAAUUUUCCGAUUCAGCAACAGCAACCAAAAGAUCGAAACAAACCGAGAGCGACGGAAACGCGAUCACAAUGUCUGGAGUAUCUGAAAUAUCUACAACACUUCCUGGCGAUAAUCUAAAGAAUAGAAAGAAUUCCAGUAAGUCAAUAACAAAGGUUUCGGAUGCCUCAGAAUCAUCUUGCCUCCAACCUGUAGUUUCAGAUGCCAAUACCAGGGUUAUCCUUGGCACUAGCACGGCCGAGGCUAGCGGACUACUGAUCGAAGGCGAAACAGGCGUGCGCGGCGAGGAAACGCAUGACCUCGACCUUGAAUCAGAUCUGGCCUGCCCCGAGCAGCUCGUCGAAGACGAAGGAAGCUCAGAUUAUUCUGCCUGCAACGAGAGGACGAUGUCGGAGUUAGAAUCGGAACUCUUUGACGGGAUCUGUAAGGGAGACUCUUCAGAAAUCUCCCUCUCUGAUCUCAUCGAGUCUCCGGACGACUUCUCCGAAAGAUCACGAGAUAAUUCCAACCCUUCGGUCGCCUUCUCUCUCCUUCAACAGCUCUGGAAACAAUUCAACCCGUCCAGCUUUCAUUCAGAAACCAAUGCGAAAUUUAAAGUCCUGAACGAAUUGUCAGAUGAGUUUGUCUUUGUCAGAUUUCCUGAUAAAGACAUCGAGGAGAGCUACCAGAUAUUCCGCAGCAGGGAGCGAAAUGAGAUUGCUCUGCACGACUAUUCCGAUGACUACUAUGCUACAACCAAUUUCGGAGAUCUCAUACUUGGGCAGAGGCUCGCGAUGGUGAACUGGAUGCUGGAGCAUUGCCAGGCGAUGGAGCACCAGGACGAGACGCUUUUCUUGGGCGUUAAUCUAAUGGACAGAGUACUGAGUAGAGGAUAUUUUCAGACCGAGAGGCAUCUUCAACUGCUAGGCAUUGCAUGUGUGACUCUUGCUACGAGAAUCGAAGAGAACCAACCAUUCAAUAGCAUAAGGCAGAGAUCUUUCAAGGUUGGGAACAACGUUUACAAGAGGUGUGAAGUAGUUUCCAUGGAGUGGCUCGUACUUGAGGUUCUCAGCUUCCAGUGUUUCCUCCCUACGACCCACAAUUUCUUAUGGUUUUAUAUGAAGGCAGCGAGAGCAAGUACUAAAGUGAAAGGCCUGUGCCGGCAUUUGGCCAUACUGACGCUAUUAGACCACGGAAUUCUCUGCUUCUGGCCUUCAACUGUAGCUGCUGGACUCGUCAUCCUUGCCUGUCUUGCAACCAAUAACGAUUCUUGCUGCGAUGUGGUCCUCGAGACGCACCUGAGGAGCAAAACCGACGACCUUCCGGAAUGCAUACAGGUGAAGUUUGUUCGGGUCAACACUAAAAACUUCCCCAAAAUUACGAGAGAUUAUUCUGUGCGAAAUCCGAACGCAUUCGGAGACGAAUUGGGGCGCACCAUGUCAUCGGAUGCACUAGGCCCCGGUGGCGUGGCGCUUCCCAAUUAG